GCCUUCGUGGCGGAUGAGAUGGCGACAUAAAGACAUUCCCAACAUAUCCAUAUCUUAUCCGGAUAUCGCAGUCUAUCGCUCUGUGAACCAAAUCUGAACCCCUGUCGACUGUUGUAUCCAGACCGUCCACUGCUUCCCAUACAAUGUCUCUACUGUCAGGUCGCAUAGCUUGUAUUACUGGCUCAUCGCGAGGAAUAGGUCGCGCUUGUGCCCUCGACAUCGCGAAGCAUGGCGCCACUGGACUCAUCCUACAUUAUUACGGAGACAAAGAGACGACAGCGGAGGCCGAGUCAUUGACUGAAGAGAUCGCGUCCACUUACCCCCAUGCAAAAGUCCUCACCGUACCUGGAGAUAUUGGGAACCCCGAGACUUCUCAGAAGGUCGUGGAUGCCGGGGUUGAGAAGUUUGGCCGCAUAGACAUACUUGUCAGCAAUGCGGGCAUCUGUCCUUUUGCAGACUUCUUGGAGAUGCCUCACGAUACAUGGCAUCUCACCCGGAGAGUGAAUCUGGAUGGAUCCUUCUAUAUCACCCAAGCUGUGGCGAGGCAGAUGCGAGACCAGACUCCACAAGGCGGGUCCAUCAUCGGCAUCUCAUCAAUAUCUGCUCUAGUGGGAGGAGCCCAGCAAGUUCACUAUACCCCCACCAAAGCCGGAAUAUUAUCACUCAUGCAGAGCGUAGCUGUUGCGUUAGGUAAAUAUAACAUCCGCGCCAACGCCGUCCUUCCUGGAACUAUCGCCACCGACAUCAACAAAGAAGACCUUGCUGACGCAAAGAAACGUGAGGGUAUGGUCGGGAGGACUGUCUUGGGGAGGCUUGGAAACCCAGACGACAUCGCUGGCCCAGUCGUUUUCCUGGCCAGCGACCUCGCGAAAUACGUGACGGGCGCGCAACUCCUAGUCGAUGGCGGAUUAUUCGUCAACCUGCAGUAACUUCGCUCCGAGUAAUUUAUACAUUUGUACGAAUA